AAGAAGGAGGUGGAACCAAGGAAGGUAUUGAAAAAAAUAUAGAACAAAUCUAUUUACUUAUCUAUUUCACGUUUUUUCAAAGGAAAACACGCGUUUCGAAUAAUAGCCGCUUAAAAAACCCACAAAAAAAAAAACAAUUAAAUAUACAUAUGUAAUGACAAUGCACGUAGUAAUAACUCCCAUUUCUAUUAGUUUCCAACCCCAUAAAAUACAAAACAACCAAAUAAUAUUUGAUUUAAUAUGGCAGCAUCUAAACUGUAAUUCUGGUAGUUUCAAGACCUAGCGAUGUUACAUUGGUUGAUGCAAUGCGUUGUCUGGAAUCAUAGAAGAACUGUUGUUGAGGAAGAGAGAGGUUUUACUCCAAUGAAUUCCAGAGCACUGUGACUGCAACGUGAUAACAAGGCGGACGUUUUAGCGAAGGAUAGGGUAACGUAGUUAUAUACAGAGAAUAGGAUAAGAUAGUGUUGAGCACGUAAAGAAAUAUAGUUAUGCCAACAAGAGAAACUGCAAGAUGAUUAGACGGAGCUACUUUCGGUAAACAAUGGGCCGUGUUAAUGGAAAACGGGUACAUUCCAAUCGAUAUUCCGAAAUUCUGCAACCACGAAGGACGCAGUUGCAGAAUUUAGGAUUAUCACCGGACAUGAUUACUUAUUAAAAAAAACAUUAAAUAGGUGUAGUAGGAUUCACUAACCGUAGUUUCUUCAGCAACGAGUUCUCUAUGGAUGUAGGAAUCUUAAAUCAUUGUCUCCUUUGUCGUAUAUACGAACACCCAAUUCAUCAAAUUCCGACAUUAACUGAGCUGUUUGAAAACUCAUGGAGGAAACUAAGAGGCCUAAGCCUGUUGAGAAUAAAACCAGGCGAUGCAGCCUCGCUAGAAAAAAACAUUACCUAUGCCAUAACAGACAUGGGACUGACAACAGGGUUUUGUCAGACAAAUCCUCGGAAUUCCAUCUCAGACCGAAUUUACGACUGUCCUGUUGUCCCCGAGAAAGGAAAAGAAUUAAAUAAAGAAACAUAA